UCGGAAUUUGAGAUUAUAAAUGCGUUAAAUGGCAAUAAGCACUUAGAUCAUAAAGUUGAUUAGCUCUUGGACCUAAACACUACCAUUACAAUUAAAUCCCUUUGUCGUUUUCACUGGCCUUAAACCUAUGACACGUUUCUCGAGACGCAUUUUGGCACCACGGCGGCAGGGGCACAGACACUGCGUCUUUGUGCGCAGCGACGCACCUCUGCGGUCUGCUCCCGGAGAGGCGCACACACUGCGAGGACAUUCCUCUGGCUCUGGUUUCCGCGGCCUCUCGCCUCGGACAUUGCUGGUGGACCUCGGGAUUUCUUAUCUCGUGUUGAAAUUUGUAGUCAAAGGAUAAGAAAACUGAAAUUGUGUUUUGAAGUGUGACAAUUUGACAAACUUUAAGUGUAGCACAUAUUUCAAUGUAUAGGCAAUACCUCUUUUUUUUUUUUUUUUUAUCUAUAUGGACUUCAGAAGUUUGUACAAGACCUUAACCACUCCACCGUGCUAACAUUUUAAGACUCCAAAAUGUAGAGCUAGGGAUCUGGGGAGCUUUUCUAGGUUCAUUCCUACGGAUCAAGACCUCUGAUCCGACCUGGGACUGUGGUUUUAGAGCAUUCCAGUGACGUCUGGAGCCCCGUCUUAACAUUCAAAACAUAGACUUUGUGCCAUCUGAAAAACCACGUCAGUCACCAGUUUUUUGACUUUGAGUUUUGGCUGUACCUUGCAUCAGUAUCACAAGUGUCACAACUCACCAGACAGGCCACUUAGCAGAACAUUUUUAAUAGUGGACAGUGUUUACUUCUUUCUAUUCAUGGAAAACUUAUUUGCAUAUGCCCUUCCUGUGGUCCUUCUCAGCGCUGUGCUUGCUGAUAUGUGUCCCUGCUGUCCUCUCUGCCAAAUGUCCAAAACAGUGUGUGUGCGAUCAGAUCCAACUCACUGUGGCCUGUGUCAACAAGAACCUCACAGAAGUUCCACCAACCAUCGAUGAGAUUACAGUGAAGCUGGACCUCCGCAGUAAUGACAUCCAGGAGCUGCCCACUGGAGCGUUCCGUCACACCCCAUACCUGACCCACCUGUCCCUGCAGCGCUGCAACAUCCGCUGGGUUCGGGAGGGCGCGUUCCGGGGCCUGGGACGCCUGGUUUUUCUCAACCUGGCAAAUAACAACAUUGAAAUCCUCUAUCAG